AUGGCCAAAGCCUUGAAGCUAAUGGAGCAGCGAAUAAAGAUGAUCGACGUCCUGGUUGAAGUCCGUGACGCACGGUUGCCCCUCUCCUCCGCCAACCCUGAUAUUGCCCGCCUUGCCCCUCGGAAGCGGCGCCUGAUAGUCCUCAACAAGAUCGACCUAGCGGAUCACACAGCCACCAAGGCCGCCUGCACGCUGCUUCAGUCCCAGGGCCACGUGGUAGUUCCCUGCGUGGCCACCAGGGAGGGCAGCGCGGGCAGGGUGCUAGACGCGGUGCUGGACUGGCUACAAACCCAGUACAGCCCCGCCUGCCCCCCCUCGGCCUCGGCCCCCUCGUCCUCAUCGUCCUCCGCCUCUCACCCCGACCUGAGCCUGAUGAUGGUGGCGGGGGCUCCCAACACGGGGAAAAGUGCCCUUAUCAAUGCACUCAAACGGGCGGCACAGAAGGAGGGCCUUCUGGAGGGUGAUCAGGCGUUUCAACGGACUGCCCGCUCGGGGCCCCUUCCUGGAGUGACUCGCCAGCUGGGGGGCUUCAAGGUCUGUCGCAGCCCGCUGCUGUACGUCCUGGACACCCCCGGGGUAUUACCCCCCGCACUCCCGGAUGAGGGGGUGGCGGUACGGCUGGCGCUGACGGGGCUUAUGCCGGGGGCCGUCGGGGGCCUGACGGACGAUGUUCUGGUACGGCAUUUGGUGCAGAUAUUGGUUUCGGAGCCCAGGCAUCAGCGUCAGCUGUGGAUGGCGGCGGACGGACAAGUGGCGGCCAUGGCACGGCAGCGCACAGCCGCCGCCGCCGCCGCCGCCAGAGGGUCUCAUGACGGCGGCGGCGCCGGUAGCGGCGGUGGCUGGCGCCGCCGGGAGAGCGGCUCGAUAGCCCUGGCGCGAGCUCUGCAUGAUGUCGUGACUAUGCCGGCGCCGCCGGCGCCAGCCUGGCACCCAGGCAUGGAUGGCGGCGACGACAAUGAUGACGGCGAAGACAAUGGCGGCAGCUUUGACGCCGAACACCCUUACCCGCUGUACGACCGGGAAAGGAAUAACGAUGAUGACGGGCGGAUGAUGAGGCCCGGCCGUCGCGGCGGCGGUGGCGUGCCUAGUGCCCGUGUAGACGCGGAGCGACGUGUGGCGGCUCUGCUCCGUCACCUGACCCGUGGGCGUUUCGUGAAGGAGCUCUGGGGCGCUACACCCUGGACGAUGUGGGGGCGGGGGACGCUGUACGGAGAUCCCAUGGCACAACCGCACAACCGCACUAAGCAGAACGGUGCAGAGGGCCUCUUGGGCUCAUCCACGAGGCAGCUAAUCAACGACGUGUGAAGUUGCAGCUUACCAGCUGGCCAUGUGCCGGACCGGCUGCGGCUAAAAUGAAAGGAUCGAGACAACACCGGUAGUACCAGAGGACUUGGAAGCGCGGUGCCCUGCCGCAUCCAUCAGCCGUUCCAGCUGCCCCGCGAACAGCAUAUACCCUAUGACCCCGGGUACCCCGGGUACCACGAAUCGGUAACCGGAGGGUCACCCUGCCGAUAGGCUACCCCUAUGAAUCGGUUACCGGCCGGGAUAAAACUCGGUGGACUGUAAUGGACUGUAAUGGAAAGUUCCU